AUGUACCGCCUCGUACAUGACGACAAGUUAUGGCGACCCAUGUGGAAUGCAUGUUAUGCAAAGGUAACACAGGCCGGUGCAACGACAGUGGCAUGGUCUUUUAUCUCUAUGCCUGGGCAACGCUUGGUUUCAGGUCUCGUGCUUGGCAAGAUUGGCCGUGCGAGUGGCGCCAAGUGGGCGUAUGAGCUCAUCGAAGCUGGUGCCAAGCAAUUGGGAGUGCCGAUGCUGUCUUUUGGAACCUUGACGACAUUGCUCUUGGUGCUGAAUCAGGUAAAUAUUGUAUUUGACAUGUUCCUCGGUCCACAGCUGCGUCAAUUCCGGAAUACAGCCUAUCAAAAGACAGUCGAAUCGCGUGGCAAGUCUGCGAGCUUUUGGACGCCGUAUACGGAAGAGUAUCAGCAUCCACCUGAUCUAAAUGCAAAAUCGAAUGAGGGCAUCAAGGAGCGCAUAUCAGAGAUGGUGGUCCGCAAAGCCGUAUUCGUUCUGUUUGGUUCCAUUCCAUUGUUUGGUGCCAUUCUUUCUGCAGCAUAUGGCGCCCUAGGCUUUGGCCGUCGCAUCCACCAGCCAUUUUUCGAGGCCAAGCAGAUGCAAGAUCAGGAAAUCAAACUUUGGGUGGCCGAGAGACGUUAUGAUUACAUGGUAUUCGGCUUCUUUGCCCUACUUUUAGAACGCCUUCCGCUCUUCGGGCUAAUCUUUUCUAUAUCGAACCAAAUCGGCGCUGCAAUGUGGGCUCAUGAUUUGGAAAAGCGGCAGCACAUGUUUCAGCGAGGCGAGCUAUCUCCCAUUGUGCAGGACGCGGAGCAAAAGGCAACGCAUGUGUCAGGCACGGACGUGAGAGAAAAACCGGGUUUGUCGUCUGUGGGUAGUGUGGAUGCCGAUAAGAUUAACAGUGGAUCCUCAAACCCAUUCGCAGCCCCAGCAACACCAGCUACAUCAGCCCAUGUGCCUGUAAAACGCCGCGUGCCACCGCCACCACCCCCUAGAUUGUAG